ACGAAGCGUUGACGUUCGUCCGGCGAGAUCUAGGCACAGUUUCCCUUAAGCCGCUCUCGCGCGUUUGUCCGUUCUCGUCUCGCGUCGUGUGUCCUACCGAUUAUUAUUUUCUCCUCCUUUCCCCUGCCCCGUUCGCGCGCACGAGAUCAUCGGCACGGUGUGAAAGAAAUUGCGAGCGGUAUACACAAUACCCUCGUGUCGUCGUCGUCGUCGUCGUCGUCGUUGUCGUCGUCACGUCGUCGUCACCGUCAUCGUCGCCGUAGUUUGUCGUUCAUCGUCGUCGUUGUUGUCGCAACGCCGAGUGCUCCGAUUCAAAAAGCGUCGCCCGGUAUUCAACGGAGAAUGGCAUUCAACGGAGACGGUCCGCACUCGAAAAGGCAGCGACUCGAGGAAUCCGGACAUAGGAAUCACGAAUAUGGCGGAUACGGAGACGAACCACGUCGUAAAAGAGAAGACAAUAACAAGCCGAACCAUGUCCUCCUCUUCACAAUUAUCAAUCCAGUUUAUCCCAUCACUGUGGAAGUGUUGCACACGAUCAGCGCGCCCAGCGGGCAAGUACAGCGCAUCGUAAUCUUCAAGAAAAACGGCGUACAGGCCAUGGUUGAGUUUGACUCGGUGGAAUCAGCAACCAGAGCAAAAGAGACACUACAUGGAGCAGACAUAUACUCCGGCUGCUGCACACUAAAAAUUGACUUUGCGAAGCCGACAAAGCUCAACGUUUACAAGAACGAUGCCGAGAGUUGGGACUACACAACCCCGACAUUAGGCUCGAGCACACACAAAAACGACGCGACAGGAAAUGGAAGGCCGGCUCCCCUUUUGGCCGAACCAAGAUACGGCGCCGCGCCCCAGCCAUACGGCUCCACGCCGCAGGUCACUUUUCCGCCAGGCGCCGGUCACGAUCGUUACGAGGAGAACUUCAACGGGCCAGCGACGUACGCGGAGCCGUAUGUCGAGCGUUACGGAAUCAAGAGCGAUUUCAGCGGCCGCGAGCCAUUACAUCCCACGCCACCUCGACCGAGUUACGUGCCCACCCUGGGCCAAACGCCACCCUCGAGCACGCAGGGUUCAGUCAUGAUGGUGUACGGCCUGCAACCGGACAAAGUCAAUACCGACAAGCUCUUCAACCUGUUCUGCUUGUACGGCAAUGUAACAAAGGUCAAAUUCUUAAAAACGAAGGAAGGAUGCGCGAUGAUACAGAUGGGGGACAGCAUAGCCGUGGAGCGAUGUUUACAGAAUCUGAAUAACGUCACGAUCGGGACAGACGGCAGGUUACAGCUCGGCUUCUCGAAGCAGGCCUUCCUUUCGGACGUCACCAACCCUUAUAUCCUACCCGACAAGACAGCGAGCUUCAAGGACUUCACGGGAAGCAAGAAUAACAGAUUCCUGAAUCCCGCAAUGGCUAAUAAGAACAGGAUACAGCCACCAUCGAAAAUAGUUCAUUUCUUCAAUACCCCGCCUGAUUUGACCGAGGAAACAGUAAAUCGCGUAUUCGUAGAACGCGGCAUUGAGGCACCGACGACGAUCAAGCUAUUCCCUCUCAAGUCUGAACGAUCGUCGUCCGGUCUCAUCGAAUUCAGCAGCGUUGGUAUUGCGGUGGCUGCUAUCAUGGAGUGCAAUCAUACAGCACUGGAGAAUAGCAACGGCAAGUUUCCCUACAUCAUGAAACUCUGUUUCUCGUCGUCGCGCACCAUACCCACGAGCUUCCCACCCAGCAGCGGCAGCGCGUCGAGCAAUUCCGCCGGUAAUGGCCACGUCAAAAUGCAGCAGGACUCGGAAUAGAACGGCGAGGUCCAGGGCCAGCAGCGUCAGCGUCAGCGCCAGCGCCCCUCACUCGCCGCCCUGCACCCGUUGUGUGCCCCCGCGACGGCGGGCACGGCCCUGCACCCCGCAGCCGCAACGAUAACAUUGUCCCCGGUCCUACCGCCGCCACCGCCUGUACCGCCACCUUUACCGCCGCCCACCUGUCUCCUAAUAGCCACCCCGACCCUUUACCCGACCGUACCCCCACCGCCCCCGCCCCCAUUGCCCACCUUCUGGCCCUACUGAUGUGGUGGGCCCAUCCACCAAACGGGUGGGACGAACGCGCGCGCCAGCGAGAUCGGGUGAGAACGAACCUUCUGUACACGGGGAGAAUAAUCGGAACAUCGAUUUUCGCGGCGAAAAAGAAAUUAUAUAUCGCGACGAUAUUAAUUUUCAAUCGAACACGACAUAUCGGUAGAAAAACUGAUCGAUUCUCCCGCGAGUCUACCGGACUCCUAAAGAAGGAUUUCGUGUUUAGGGCAGAUUGUCCUAGAUAUAAUAAGGAUUUUUGCCGUCGCGGUCGAAAAGUUGGGAAAGUUGCCGAUGACAUGUGUGUAAUUCGGCAUCGGUGAUAAUGCCGGAUCCCAUCAGGAACAAUUGUCAACGCGGGUCAGAUACGGUAUAUUCGAUAUUCGACGAUAGUUGCGGUAAGUACGACGACAUAUCGGUGGCGGCAUCGCGACGCUAGUGUUGAAGUCGCGAAGAUUUUUUUAGUCAACGAUUCACAAUCCUCGCAACGACGUCGUGCUUCAUUCCCGGAGACUCUGUAUAUAGCUCGGAGAUCAGUGGUCUCCGGCGCGCAUACACAUAUCAAGGACUUGGAAGUAAACCGGUACGCUUCGCGAGGAGCCACGCGCGCACGAUCAUCAUUGAAAUCUCAUUCUCAAGGAAUCAAUGUGGACUGGUGAGAAAUUUUUUUUUUAAAUGAAAGCUUUUUCAUGAACUAUUUCAAAGAUAGAUGAGUUAAAAAAGAUCGAAUCGAAGAGGAAAAAAAAAAAGAAAUGUUCUAGAAAGUGAAGAAAAAUAACACUACAUUAACUAAAAGAUAACUAAAGAAGAUGCAAUGACUUGAAGAAACCAUUUUAGAAAAAAAAAAAACAAAUCACGAAAAGUCUAUCUCCUUGAGAAGAAGAAUUGUCCGACGAAAUUUUAUCCUUUUCAAACAUCUUUUUAGAUGUUUCUUUGUUUGUUCAUGUUUUUACAUGAUCUAUCAAAAAAGAAACUAUUGAAAGGAGAUGGCACCUUAGAAUGACUCGAAGAUGGAAAACUAUCGGAAAAUAGACAGAUUGAACAAGGUAAAAUUCUUUUUAGUGAUAGUGGAAUGGCUCGAAGACGGUCUAACUUCUUCGGAAGAAGAAUCAACCGAGGAAGAUCGCAUCUCUCAGAAGAGGGGCAGCUGGAAGAUCGAAGACCGUCGGAGGCAAUCUUCUCAGAAGACCGUGGGUUCUGAAAACCUGGAGUGCAAAAAGUGCGAAAUCCGUUGUGGUUGCUCGUGAAGCAGACAGGUGGGCGCUGCUUCCGCGAAGCCCGGACAUAUAUAUGAUGUCUCACGACCGCGACGAGACGCUCUCUCGCUCGCUCGUUCGCUCGUAUUUACGGUCGAUUUAUCUUAAAUCCGCGUGCGCGAUGCACGACAUUAAUUCUGAAACCGAGCCACGUGCUCCUCGACGACCAUAUUUUGUGGGAUCCAAUAAAAUGAACCGGAGAUUUCUUGGCGACCACUUAUUAAAAACGGGAUACAAUUUAAGAGAGUGUUCAGAAGAUGAUCUGAAUCAUUCGUGUUUUUCGAGAAACUGAGCGAGCUGCUGCAAACUGCAGCAUCUGCUUUGAAUGUUAUUGAUAAACGCGUUACUCUAUCGUCGUAAUAUCCUCGGCCCGCAGCAAGCAUCGCGCAAUUUUUUUCAUCGUUUACUUUAUAUUCAGUUUUUUAAUAUUACAUUUCAAUAACACUCAUCCGGAUAAAUUUGUUUUCUAAUGCAAAUGACGAUUUUUUAUAGAAUAAUCUUUUAUAGAAUUCUAAAAAAAAGAAUUAGUGUAAAAUUUUUACAUAAAGAGCUUGCAUAACAACGUGCUAAUUCAUAUCAUACUUCCACGAGCGUGCAACUAUUUUCUGCGACUUUUGGAUUUAUUCCUUAAUUUAUUAUCGUUAAAAACGCGAAAAUUUCGAUUGGGGCCAUAAAAAAUUGAAUUUAUAAAUAAAUAUGAAUUCUAAGAUUCUUAUACCACUUUUGUAAUAUAAGAAUGUUAUAUUAUUAGAAUACAUACGAUUGGAAAUUUUUCUUUAAUAAAGAAAUAAUUACAUUUUCCCUUGCUUUAUAAAAAAAUUAAAUUGAAUAAAUAUAGUAUGUACAUAUAAAGUAUGUACAUAUAACUACAUAUGUAUUACUUUUAAAAUAUAUAUAUAUGUAUUAUAUAUAUAUAUAUAUAUAUAUAUAUAUAUAUAUAUAUAUAUAUAUGUAUGUAUAUACACACACACACACACACUUUGAGUAAAAUAUAAUUAUUGAUAUAUUCUGUUUUGAAAUUUUUCUAUUUCUUAACUUGUUGUAAUUUGGAAUAAAAGAAAGUAGUCGACACAUUUUUUAAGUAAUAUUUUUGGUUGAAGAGAAUAAAAAUGAAAAGAAUGUUUUUUUUCUUACAAAAAAAAAUUUUAUGUGUAAGAAAACAAUUAUUUUGGUUCCCGGAUGAGAGUUAUUUUCACGAUUGCUUUUAAUAUCAAGAGUUUUUGCACUCGGUAGCAACGUAAAAAUUUUUUAAUUAUGCUUUUCGAUGAUUUUCGUUGCACGAGGCUUCUCGCGGGUUUCUAAGCAUUAACAAUAAAGUCAUUUAGACUGCUAUCAAUUAAGAGAAUUAAAUUGUUUUCAUUAUUCCCAUUUACACUUCCGCUUCUCCGAUUGAAUAAACAAAUGAAGGAAUUUUCCCCGCUCCUUCCCCCAAAGCUGUAGUGUUCAGGUUGCGACGAGACGACACGUACCAGUGCCCGUACGUUCGUGUGCAUAAAUACGCGCUCGACGAACGUCACACUGGCAUUCGUACUUUUGAUCAGAUCGCGGGCUGCGCGAAAAUUGAGAAUUUUAUAUAUAUCGAAAAAAAAAAAACAUAAGAACAAUGAAGUCGAUGACACACAAUAUAUUAGUGUCCCUCGGUAAUAUUUUGUC